CAUCAUAGAAUUGACUUAGUUUUCGCUUCGAUUUUCUGCAAAAUUUCUUCAAUCGUUCUUACAUAUUCCGCUUCAAAGGAGACGAAGAUGAGCACAGGCGCAGGAAGCGGCACGACAAAAGGUGGGAGAGGAAAGCCAAAGGCGACCAAGUCCGUCUCUCGUUCGUCUAAAGCCGGUCUCCAGUUCCCCGUCGGAAGAAUCGCCAGAUUCCUCAAGGCCGGAAAGUACGCCGAGCGUGUCGGCGCCGGAGCUCCGGUGUAUCUCUCUGCCGUUCUCGAGUACCUCGCCGCUGAGGUGUUGGAGCUUGCUGGAAAUGCAGCGAGGGAUAACAAGAAGACACGUAUAGUACCGAGACACAUUCAGCUUGCAGUGAGGAACGACGAGGAGCUGAGUAAACUUCUGGGAAGCGUGACGAUUGCUAAUGGAGGAGUUUUGCCAAAUAUUCAUUCCAACCUUUUACCUUCAAAGGUCGGGAAGAACAAAGGAGAUAUUGGAUCUGCUUCUCAAGAGUUCUGAGUUUCCUUUUAGUCAUUUAGCUCAGUCUCUGUUGUUGGAUUCCCUCUCGUGGAACUUAUGUAAAAUAGACCCCGAAGGUUUUUUCGGGGAUCAAAUUUAGUUAAAAGCUUAAGCAUAUGAUGGGUUACGGAGAAUAUGUUCAAUGAUGCAAAUUUCGGAAUCGAUCAUAGGUUUCAUUCAAUA